GUCAGUUUCGAUAUCGUGAACAGUCGGGUACUACGGGUACGGAUUUCGCGAAACAAAUUAUAAAAAAUUUACGUCCCAUUCAAGAUUAUUAGUGAGAAGUGUUGUUUAGAAAAAAAACAAUAAAAUGGUACUCGGACACGUUGUUAUAGGCGGUGGGACCGGCUUUAUAGGCUCGUGCAUCGCUAAUGCGCUUAGACAAGAGGGCGCGGGUAUUACCAUUAUUUCGCGAAUGCCCGGUCCCUCCCGCCUCACUUGGACAGAAUUGGCAAGAAACGGAUUACCUAAGGAUACAACUGCAGUGAUAAAUGUCGCGGGACAAAAUAUUUUGGACCCUACAAGAAGAUGGACUACCGGAUUUCGACAAAACGUUUGGAACAGUCGUGUGGAAACGACCAAAGCUCUGAGCCGAGCGGUCACGUUCACAGACGCCAAAAAAUUUGUCAAUAUUUCUGGUGUCGCUUAUUAUCCACCAAAUGGAAAAGAAUACACAGAAGAUGACAAGUGCAAACCUUACGACUACUUGUCAGAACUUUGCCACGCGUGGGAAGCUGCUGCCAAACUUCCCGAUGGUUGCAAAACGAACCAGGUGACGAUAAGAUCUGGUGUUGUUUUGGGAAGAACAGGAGGAAUGAUCGCUCAAACGAUCUGGCCAUUUUUCUUUGGACUCGGCGGACCUCUCGGUUCUGGAGAACAAUUCAUGCCUUGGAUACACAUUGAAGAUUUGGUCUACUUGUUCAUUUGGGCCUUACGAAACGACGUGGGACCGGUGCUCAAUGGCGUAGCGCCACAACUCGUAAGGAACAAAGAAUUUGCUAAAGCAUUUGCAAGCGCAAUGUGGAGACCCGCCAUAAUACCGUUGCCGAAAUUCGUCCUCAAUCUCAUUUUCAACGAAGAACGAGCAAAAAUUAUGACCGAAGGUCAAAAAGUCUUGCCUAAAAGGGUGUUGGAAUCGGGAUUUGAGUUCGAGUACCCAGACAUAAAAAAAGCCUGUACUCAAGUCGCUCAACUCGUGUAUAACAACCCACUGUGAUUUCGCAAGCCAAGCUCGAGUUGAAAACCUCGGAAAAUCGCUAUUCAUACUGUUUUUCUCUCUAGUAAAAAAAAUUACGUUCACGAACUUUGUUACGUCGAUUUACGUUGAAAUAAAAAAUAUCAAUCGAGAAUAAAGCUUCUCAUUAAUAAAAAUGAAAAUUGCCAAGGAAA